AGGUAAUUCUGGCAGUGAUACUCGGCUCCGUAGCUCUCGUCUCAGCCGUAGGCAACAGCCAUACCCAUCUUUCAAACCAUCUCGGGUAUAAAUAUGGCUACGACAUCCACCACGACCACCAUGCACCUUGGCACGGUUACGCGCAUCCUCAUGGGUACGGUGGUUUCGGCGAUGAUCAUGGUCACGUCGCCUAUGGCGGUGCUGACCAGUACGGUGGGUUUGGCGGCAACACCGGAGGCUUCGGUGGCGCUGGGUUUGGCGGUCUUGGAGGACUCGGAGGAGCUGGAUUUGGUGGAGGACUGGGAGGAGCUGGAUUUGGUGGAGGACUUGGAGGAGCUGGAUUUGGCGGUGGUCUUAGGGGCUGAUCUGAUCUCAAACAAUCUUGAAAUAAAUUAAAACUACCCUAUUUA